UUAGGUUUCUGAUAUGAAGAAAGACAUUUUAGUGAUACUUCUGCUAACCGGGUCAUACUCAAUGAUAUCUUGCAAUGUCACCCAAUUUACCUUUGUGUCAAAUAAAAUGACGGGGGAUGAUGCACAGAAUUUUUGCCGAAUUACUUUCACAGAUUUGGCAACAGUUGAAAAUGAAGAAAUAAAUCAGUAGCUGGUAAACCUCUCUCAAGGAAAUUCAUUCUGGAUUGGACUGCGACGUAACAGAGACAACUGGCAGUGGUCAAGUGGGGAAAACGUUACUUAUACCAACUGGAGUAGAGACUUCUACUGUGCAUUUGUUCGAUCAGAUGGCUCCUGGAAUGAUACUAUAUGCAGUACAGAAAUGCCUUUCAUGUGUUACAAUGAAACCAAUAACAUCAGUGAGAGAUAUUUCUGGGUAAAUGUGAAUUUGAACUGGAGUAGAGCUCAGAACUACUGUCAUGAGAUCUACACAGACCUGGUCAGUAUAAGGAAUGAGGCAGAAAAUCAGGAAAUAAUGAAAAAUGCUAAAAGCUUCCCCUUUUGGAUCGGUUUACUCAAUAAUCCAUGGAAAUGGUCCGAUGGUGGGAAUUCAACAUUUCAAAACUGGGAAAACUCCCUGCCCGAUAAUUGGUAUAAAAGCGGAAAGUGUGUGGAACUUAGAACUUCAGCUUGGAAUGAUGCUGCAUGUAAUCUGCAGAAACGCUUUUUGUGCUACAACAAGUCCUGCACUCCACUCUCCUGCACCAGCACAAUCAACUUUGUGUUGAAUUCAUUGUCCUGGGAUGAUGCUCAGAACUACUGCAGAGCACACUACACAGACCUGGUGACAAUUGAGAACAAAGCAAUGAAUGACCAACUGUUAAUAAUGACAUCAAAGAUAUACUCUUGGAUUGGACUCCGCCGUGAACGUGACAACUGGCAGUGGUCCAAUGGAGAGCCUCUAGUGUACACAAACUGGGAAAGGGAGUAUUUCUGUGCUGUGCUCCAGUCAGAUGGCUCUUGGAAUGACUCAGUCUGUGGUGAGGAAAAGCCUUUCAUGUGUUACAAAGGCAAGUUCAAUUAAUUGCAAAUGAUUUAUAAAGCACACUUCCAUUGACAGGUUCAAAGAGGUGUAUACCUUUACAAAUUAAGAAAUUUAAAAUAAGGCAUAAAUCAACAUGUAACAACACACAAAAAUG